UUUACCAUGCCGUGUUUGGCGUAGGUCGUCACCGUGUCCGCAGACCGUCGACGGUUAGUCGUGGAGCGCGGUUCGAGUCGGUUGCACGUGUUUUAUCCCUCGACUGACUGCCGGCUGAGAAGGGUCGCCGUGGAAAAGCCGGGAAAUUGUUGGUCGUCGUUGCGCGUACAAGACUCGGAUGCUCUGGAUGAGUUGUACAGUGGCAGAAUCAACGGUGGGAUCAGCAGAAAGUGAGAAUGCGAUGCACACUUAAGAGGGGGUGGUUCAAGUGCAACCAAACGGAAGCAACAACGUGUGCAAGUGUGUAACUAACCGUGUUUGGCUACACGUUAAGGGCGAGGGUGUGAGAAUGGAAAAGAGCCAGAAGUCACGGUGAAGGGGCAUGGAAAAGUGAUAGUGUUGCUGUCAAGUGUUGCAUAAAUAAAUAACCAAGUGGCGCACACAGAGAAAGGGGAGGAAAAGCCGUGGAAAGCGCGCGACAAUUCAAAAGGAAGCACCAAAGAAGCAAAGCAAAGAAAAAAAAGAAAUAUUUCUCAGUGUCCGGAUGCGACAUUUAUGUGCUGGUAAUGAUUUAAGUGUUUAUGGCAAGGCCGAGGGCUCAUUAAAAGAAGCACACUUGGGAAAUUCGUUAUUCUGCACUGGUGCUGCGACUGCUGCUGGCGAUGACAAGUGCUGGUGGUAAUGUGGCAAACCUAAUUCAAGAAGGAGAAAAGCCAGAAGAAGGCCUGACCUAGUGUACUGACUAAUGUGUGACUAAAGUGUGACAAAUUAAGGCGUGCGCUGCAAAGAAGGAGGAUUAUGUGGAGGAUCUAUGUUUGCGGGAAGGAUGGAUGACCUGGAAUAGACCAAGUGUGGAAGCUAUACACAAAUCGGUCUGUACAAAGCAGAGGAGAAGCAACGCACGAGUGGGCGUGGGAAAGUGAAGUUUGUUUGAAAGUCCAAGCUGAAACUCCCGUCCCAUCUGCUGCGGUAAUCAUCCGACCAACAUCAAUCGCCGCAUCGUCAGUUACAGCUCACUGUUUUAAUUACUUAUGCUCGCUGGUUGAGCAUAAAAACCGACGACAGUGAAAGUGAAAAGCAGUGACUUAAUUUGCCCCAUAAAUCCGUCAGCAUUAUUAUUGUUGAGGAGAGGAAAAUAUCCCGGGUUUUAAUUCCCUAGUGUCAUUCAGUUUGAAGCAAUUAAAUUCAACUAAAAACGUGAAGAAGGAAAAAAAACUAAAAUUGCACUUGUGGAAAAAAGUCCAAAGGUCCUCGUUGAACAAACCGAGCAUGCUUCAGUGCUGCACGUUCCAGCCCCCGGUGAAGUAGAUAUUAAUUAACUGUGAAAGUACGUGCGUUUGGUCGCGCCCCAGGAUUACGAACUUCAGAAGUGGGGUUAGGUUGGUUGUUGGAAAAGUUCCCGCCGCCGCACACAAAGUCCUUCGUUGAAACACGGAGGGCGAACAUAGAGUUUGCGAAGGACACCCUCGGCCUUGGCCAGUCGUCCCAACUUGUGUCUGCCCCUGUUCUGAUUACAAACCUGUGAGAGUGGUUCGUUAGCGUUGAUGACCUUCUGCGGUGCUUCAAUUUGCCAGGAUUGAAAAGCUUCUAUUGGAAAAAUCGUCGACUAUAAACACAUCCAACCGGAAGUGGAACCAUUGCCAUGUGCUGCUGCGGCAGUGUAACGACGAGAGCAUGACAUCCUCCGACUGCAAUCGUCAACAACAACAAUCAGCCAGCAAACAGGUGUAACGGGAAAUUGCGACAACUAGCGCGCCAUUUGGCGUGCACCGCUAGGAGGCAACAUCAAAGUCUGUGUGACGCAACUGUUCCGUUGUUCACUUCCGGUUACAUACACAGAGCAGUUUGCGCUGCAGUCAGAAUGUCAACGUUGGAGAAAAAAGUACAAUACAAACGCGUCCCAGCUGUGCUGCUGCUGUUGCCUACAUUCAGGUGCUGCUCGUGCCAGAAUCGUCCAACCGUGUAACGUAAAAUAGAACAAGCUGUACAAAACAAUAGUCAAAGUAGCAAACAAAAAAGGGACGCUGCAGGUGCGACACAUGUGCACAACCCCCCUUCUAUUCAUCGUUGAGGACAGAGGUCUUCCCGGAGAUUGCAGCAUCCACCAGGUGGCAGCGGAAAAUAAAUGACUGAAGCAAGAUGGCCUGGAGAGACGCAAUGAGCCACCACAACAGCCGGUGCUGCGGCUGCUGCUGCUGCUACAGUUGUAACCAGCGGCAACUACUAGCUGUGAUACUUAUUUUUACCAUCGCCAUGGGAGCACCCCACUCAGAUCCCAGUUCUGCCAACUAUCCUGCUCCGGUGACAACACACGGUUUCUUCGCUACCCGGAACAAUACAAAAGUCACGGCACAAAAGGGUGGCACGGCACUGCUUCCGUGCACCGUCCUGUCACAAACCUCGGCCCUGGUGUCCUGGGUCCGACGGAGGGACUUCCAGCUGCUCACGGUGGGUCUGUCCACGUACAGCAGCGACGAGCGCUUCCUGGUGGAGCACAUUCGCCACAUGGGCCACUGGGCGCUGCGAAUCAAAACGGUCCGCGACGAGGACCAGGGCCUGUACGAGUGCCAGCUCUCGGUUCACCCGGUGCAGUCCGUCUUCGUCGAGCUGAAAGUCGUGGAGGCCGUUGCGGACAUCGUGGGGGCACCGGAUCUGCACAUCGACGAGGGCUCCACGCUGCGGCUCGAGUGUAAGCUGAAACGAGCCACCGAGUAUCCGGAGUACGUGUUCUGGUACCACGAGCAGAACAUGGUAAACUUUGACCAGCAGAAUGGCUUUUCGGUGACGCCGUUCCAACCGGCAGCAGGAACGGCCCUGCCCGGAGCUGCCACCACUACGCUGAACGACGACGACGACGGUGUCGGAGCGGUCCCGGUGGACUUGAACCACCUCGGGUCGUUCCACCACCAUCACCACCAUCAUCAUCGUUAUCAUCACCAUCGGCGUCGUGGUGGCCAUAAUCAUCGCCGCUCAGAGGACAACACUGGUGACGGCGACGCGGCCGCCAACGCCGACGAGGACGAUGACAGCUUUGGCCUGAACGCGCUCGAGCUGAUGGGUCCGCCGGGGUUGCUGCUGCCGCCGGAUUCGGGUCUGCUCGCGGGGGAGGCGGACGACGAUGGCGGGUGGCCACUUUGGAACCAGACUGGGGCAACGUCGUUUCUGCCCUAUUCGCGCAUUUUGUCGCCCGCCACCAGCGUCCUCACAAUCAAGGGGGUCCACUCGAAGCACGCCGGAAAUUACACGUGCGCCCCGUCCAACACGCAACCGGCCAGCAUCACCGUGCACGUGCUGCAGGGUGAAAAGCCAGCCGCGAUGCAGCACGCCAACCGAAGUCAGGGCGGCGGCGGCGGCAUCGGUGGCAACCAGGACCAGGCAGUGGAUCCGGCCACCAAAGCGGCGGCCACGAGCGGUAGUGCCCCGGUGGUGGCCUCGGCCGCGGCACUGCGCCAGUUGCUACUGCUGAUGCUGUUACUGUUGCUGGCACUGGCGCAACCCGAAAGUCGCCGCUUGCCAGCCCGAUGGCCGUUAGCGCGAGCUUCUCCGCCGAUGGCUGAGACCGUCCGGAGGUGAACCAGGUGAAAGUGGGCCCUUGAAGGUUGGGCGGCGGGCCCGGUUUGAUGCACAAACAAACGACGGAACACACAGCUGGGGUGGCGCCAGCGCCAGCUCCUGGAGCCAAAUUAGGUUAAACAGAGAAAACAAAAUGUAAUACGAAAUUGUACAUGUGUGUGUGUGUGUGAGUGUAUGUGUGAGAGAGUAGAUGAGUGAGAGUAGGAAUAAGUUACCAUUGUUAGCAUUAUAUUGUGUGAAUGGAACGUUUGUUUGUAGCUGGGAAACCCACGCAAAUCAAUUUACACUAGUGAUUGAGAUUCGGAACGUGCCACGGUGUCUAGGUGCAAGCAUCACCAGAUUUUGGUUAAAUGAAAUUUACAAACAUGAUGGAAAAUCUCUAAAUUUUCUUUAAUCUGCUUUUUAUUGCAUUGUAACUCUGGUAUUUUGCAAGAACCGUUCCGAGACAAAAAUACAAAAAUACAAAAAUACAAAAAUACAAAAAUACAAAAAUACAAAAAUACAAAAAUACAAAAAUACAAAAAUACAAAAAUACAAAAAUACAAAAAUACAAAAAUACAAAAAUACAAAAAUACAAAAAUACAAAAAUACAAAAAUACAAAAAUACAAAAAUACAAAAAUACAAAAAUACAAAAAUACAAAAAUACAAAAAUACAAAAAUACAAAAAUACAAAAAAUACAAAAAUACAAAUAUACAAAACAUAAAAUUACAAAAAAUUCAAAAACCCGGAUAUCCGGAUAAGGCCAGCCAAAACACUUACUUAACGCCUAGAGAUCAAAUUAUUGCAUUUUUGCAACAAAUCAUACAGUGGACUCUUUCGUUGUCGAUAUUGAAGGGACCGUCGAGAGCGGGAGUUAUCGAAUUAUAGAACGAAAGAGCAUAGCAUGCUUCUUGAAGGGACUGACAAAUUUAUUGACAGCUGGAGAAUUAUUGACAUCGAGAAGAUCGAGAGAAUCGACUAUAUUUUGUAAUCUUCAUUUUCUUAAAAUAUAUUUUUUACAUUCGGCGCUCGAAAAAAAAAAUAACAUCAAACGAAUUCCCAUCACAACCGGUAAAAACUGCCACGUCAGGUUAGUUUCCAUCCGGUGAUGCUCAAUGAAGGCACCGUGUCACGUGGCCCCGAAAGCUCAAGCUCAGCAGACAGGAUGCUGACCCGGUUACACGACAAAUGGCAAACACUAACAGAAGGCAAAGCUCAGCAGCUGCAUCCCUUAAAAAAACGGGAGGUAAAAGAAGCGAGGAAGUGAAUGUGAAAAAGAGGCAAAGUGAAAUGUAAAUUUAAUUUUAGGUUUUUACCGAUGCAGCGUUUUUUAACCAUGUAAAAAGGAACUUUUCUCUUUCCACUGAAAUAGUUUUUUUUUUCUUUUCGAACCGCCCUUUUAUCUGCGGAAGAGGUAAAGUUACUCCGUUUAAAUAAGUCUGUUGAAGAGAAGUUGAAAAAAAUAAAACUGGUGCAAUUUUCCCCUGUACAGUAAUCAGAUCCUCCUCGCCCUGUCCUGUACUCUGUGUUACUAACAAAAUGAGACUUAUAUUGUUUGAAGUAAAGAGAAAAAAUAUAUAUAUGUAAUCAUUAGAUAGUGCAAAUGUUUCAACAAUCGAAGUCAAUAAUUCACAGUGUAUGACAAAAUCAAGAGAAAAUAAAGAUUGAAGUACCGGAUUAGUAUUAUUCAUA